AAACGUCUGUCUCGGAUCGGUAGAACUAAACCCCGCCUGACCACUCGCAAUCGAACUCCCAUGCAGAGGCAUACCGGAAAAUAGAGUAAUUGGGCGGACAAUUCGAUUAUUGGAGAUUCCAUUCUAUCAGUCUAUAGUACAGUUAAUAUUAGGCGUGCAUGCAUAUUCAUUCAGAACUGUGUUUGGUUAAGGUAUAGGGCAACAGUGUGUUAAAAGCGACACCGUUAUAUAAUCGCAAGUUUAAUUUUUUUUUUAAAUUUCCGGAACAGAAAGGGAUGUGAGGUUUAGAGACAAUAUCAAUGUGUUCAGUCGGAGUCGGUGAAAUGUUUAGUUUGGUUUUUGAAUUCCUUUCAGCUGGAUACUUAUUUUCGUGAUACAUGCUCUCUCUCUGAAUAAGGUGUUGACGAACGAGAAUAACCAUGAAAACGUUUUUGGACCGGUGCCUCUUAGUUAUCGUUCUUUUGUGUCUUCCAUUUCUACGUGUCAGUACGCAACCGCGCAAUCAACCCUGCAUGUUUCCGGACUUUCUGGAGCGCGACAAAUUAUGGCGCAGGGAAACUGAGUUUCGUAAUUCUGAAAAUAUGUAUUUCAAUGGAGAUAGAAUUAACAUCCGUGAAACUAGAGAGGGAAUUCAAUACGAAAGACGUUGUGGUGAGAUUAUAAAUCGUGAAGAGGGAAUCUAUUUUGUGCAUGAACAUCGUGGUAUCGGGAGUAAUGUAAUGUAUCUAUGUAUGCAGUUUCUGAAAAGGUCUGAUUCUGUGGUUCAGGUUCGAGAAUCACAACCAUCAUUAUUGAAAAGUAUGAUAGGUUGUUCUGUACAGAAUAUGGUUUUGAAAAAUAGUCCAAUUAUAAAAUAUCCUCUAGUGGAUAAUCCGUCGGUAAGUUGUCCCUUCUCUGGGGGUUAUAAUUUGAAAAUCGUAUACAAAAAGGCACAAGUAUGUGGAUCCUCCGUCAUACAGCCUCGUUUAGAGAGUGAAUGUGAAGAUGGCGACGGCGUUACGUUGGAUUUCAGGAUCAAUGAAUGUAAACUGGAUGACGAUCACCGUUUGAAAGAAAAACUCCGAUGCUUGGCCUCGUGGACAGAUAAAUCAGCGGAAAAUAACUACACCUUUGUAGUUUUGGCCGAUAACGAACGGUUUCCCGUGUGCAUGAGGCUGAAGGGAAAUUUAUCCGAUCUGAAACAAGCGAACAUUUUUCGCGAUGGAAAAUGUGUCUUGAACGAUAGGGAUAGUUUUUCAAACACAGUAGAAAAUGUCGAAUUGGAAUUUGAAAAAACGGUCUUUUCGAAUCUCUGUGAGAAUGAAUUUGGCUACUGUACCCAAGAGCUAGCGUGUUCAAAGUACAAGAAAUACUGCCACAAGUCAUGUCGACAAUGCCAUACUGAAACAAACGUCUGUUCUUUUCCUGAGUUUUUGAAAGGCGCAUGGCACACUGAUUUUAAAGGCGCAUCAAGUGUUAUGAAUAUAUCCACAUACAACUUACAUCUGCCAGGCGAAGGCAACUUUAAAUGUGUAGGAAAAGCCAACUCAACAGAGGAUAACGCCUACAGACUAACUCUGCUUCAUGUUUUCGAAAAUGGAUGCUUUCCUCGAACAACGUGUUUUGAAUACAAAAAGACAUCUAAAAUGACCCUGCAUUUCAAAUUCGGACGAAGAGUCAAAUGGCCAGUGUUUCCUUUGGACAAAAUGAUCGUCGAUACCUGCCAAGAGGAACUGUUAAAGAAACCGUUUUCCGUUGCCAUAAACGAGGCUCAAAUAUAUACAACCAACUGCCGUCUUCCGGGCGAUUUCGGAUUCAAAUCCGGCCACCUGUAUCUCCGGAAUUCCAAAGCGCAGGAUUACUGCAUCGCGUAUAAUGAGUAUAUUGGUCGAAGUGGCAAAUUCAACAUGGUAAACAUCAACACAACAAAACCGAUCAACAAGGAACACCUUUGUUUGUCAUCGGAGAAGCUCGAAGACGGCGGCGUUUUCGUCAUUACGACCUCGCUCUUCGACAGGUCCUACAAAUGUUGGGGAUUCAUCGGAAAAGAGCAGUCGCGAAGGAUUGUUCAACUCAGUUUGGAAGACUGCAAUGAGCAAACAUUUAAAUCAUUGUACAACAGCAAUGCCUCGCUACUGGAUUCGCUUGUUGUAAUAAAGGAGCAAAAGAAUGUUUGCCCGUUUUAUAUUGAUGUUGCUCCUGUCGUGGGAAAUAAUCAUAUGCACACUCAGCCGGUGUCCAACACACCGUCACCACCAGGAGAAACUACCCCCUUUGUGUACAAAACGCCCAAAGCCUCGGGGGCAAAGUCGGCGAGUAUAGAUGAAAGCGGCUCCUGCACAAAUUCCGCCAAAUUUUCUUUGUUUUUGUCGUCAUUAUUUCUCAUACUGAUUAUUUGAAUUGAUGUUAAAAUGUUUUAAAAUAUUGCUCAAUUGCUUGAGACCAAAGUCCCAGUGGUCCACGAAAGACGAAGGCUGUCAUUUUACCAUGUGACAUCCUCAAUUUAAGACAAAGAUUAAAAGACGUGCAAUCUGAAAAUUGGAAUAACUAUUGCGAAUUUGUAAAUUACAUGUAUGUAUUAUAGUAAUAUAUUCCUGACUGUGAUAAUUCAUAACACAACAAUAUUAUUAACCGUGGUAACUGAUCAACGUUCACGGAAUACGGCAAUUCGGAUCUAUGAAACGAGAAAAGCAUCGACAGUUAUGCGAUUAAACCUCUUAAAGUGACAACUAAGAGGUCUAAGAAUAUGUAAACAAGAUCGAUGAACUAAAGACAGUUGUCAGUUCAAACAAUUGUAUGUACUGCUGAUGACAUAUUAAUGUUGGACGCUGACAGAGGAAAUUCUAGUAUUUACGUGUCGAACAUGGUGCUCCAAGUUACAGACUGUAUCGCAGACCAUUUGUUACCGAAUUCUUGGUUUUUGUUUGUUGUGUGUCUAUCUAUUGCAAUUUGAACUUAACCUAAAGUGAAACUUAGGGAAAGUACUGGUAGUAUUUCAUGCCCUAGCCUUGAUAAGGCACCGUACUAGCAGCGUGAGAGCCCCCCUUACAAAUGUACUUUAGUAUGGGUCUGUUAUAAAGAAUUCAUAACCACAGGAACUACCGCGUAUGUCUGUUAUAUUCUGAUUUUUUUUCUCUAACAAAUGCACGUACAUAUCGUUGUCAUGUUCUCUUUUUAUGUAAUCUGUACACAUCAUACGCUGGUUUUGAAAUAGUAUAAGGCAUGGAAUAGAAGGGGUUGGUAAUGUUACAUGUAUACCUUUACGUGCAUGUUUCAUCGUUUUACUGACUUGGAAGAGCAAGCUUUAUCGCUUUUUCGAUUCAUAUGUACAUGUAUAAUUUGUUUUAAUCCAUGGCGUCAUUUUUUUUUCAAAUUUUCAACUUAUAAGCGUUAAAACGCUAAAUGUUUGAUAUGCUGGACUGUCCUUUUCGUUGUUUUUGUUUUGUUUUGUUUUGGUAAAAAAGAUCCAAUUCAAUGAUUUAUGUAUGCGUGUACAUGCUUAGAGUUCUGUCUGAGGUAUGUCAUACAUACCUAUGUGAAUGUCUUGCACGAGGAAUGGUUGCUUUCUUUUACGUGUACAUACACCAAAUAAAUUCAUUUAUUGUUCAUGUAAAGUACAAAUUGAUUAUGCUAUUAUGAAUUUAACUGUUAUACCGUAUAUUCUUAUCAUUUUUUUGUGGGUUUUUUUUUAGGAGACCCGAUGCUGAUAUUUUUUUUUUGGAGGGGGGGGGGGUCAUAUUCAUUUUUAUGUUUCAUAAUUUUGCGUGGUUUAUUUGGUACAGCCAGUCAUAACAAUUUAUUUCAGUAAAUGUGAUGAGGCACCAAAUGCAGUUUUUAACUUUGAUUUGUUAAAGUACAUAAACUGAUGAUAAAUAUACUCUCAUCAUUUAAAAGUGUUUCGCGAAAAAAUGCAACCUUGUACAUAUGUAUAUCUUUUCUUCACAGAUAGUUUAGAUACACAUAAAUGUUUUAUUGAAUAUCGAUUUUUAUUAUUGCUUUUCCAGUAUAAUAAAGCAAUAUUUCAUUGAAACUUUGUGCUAUGUUUUUAAAUAUUUCAUCAGACAUUAUGUUAAUUGCUAAUAAACAAUUAUUCUUUUUUG